UUAUAUAAUGUUGUGAUUCUAUCUCUGUUUAUCAUCAUGAUAUACUAAAUCAUGAUAUACUAAAAUGCUUAGUAUGUUAAUUCGAACGUUUAUCGAAGCUACUAUUUUAUCCAAGAUUAAACAAGCUCCGAAAAAAAUGCUUUCUACGAAUAUAUCAAAAAUUAGUGUUUUAAUUUGCAUAAAAAUGUAUUGAUCACGAAUUAUACAUGUUAUUUGCACAGUUGAAAGAUCAGUGUAUUACCUCGAGCGAAAUACAAUAUAUAUGUGUAAACUGCCGCGUUUAUCGCAACUAUGCAUUUUGUUGCGGACGCCACUGCGAUCGAUUGAAUUCGCACACAGCAAAAUUCGUGGACAAACUCUCGAGACGUCGCGUCAUACUCGCUCUUCGUGAAUUGCAUCGAACAGCCCGGGCUCGUAAAUUUUCGUGAUAGAGGAGAUUCGACGAGCAUACGCGCGCUUGGACCAACUUCCGGAUUGACGAUGUUCGUGCACACUUACACAGCGUUCUGUAAAGCCAUGUGCAAACUCGAGCAAAUAUGCGAGUAAAGUCGACAUCAAUGUGUGCACUCGAGAUUUUACAAAAGACCGCAAGUCUUUCUACAUAUUGUACAAGCGCUAGAGUAAUUCUGGCCUGUAGAAAUAUGAAAAAGGCAAAUCAAGCAGUUGAAGAUAUAAAGAACAAUCCACCUUCAAGAAUCAAACUGGAUGAAUAUAAAUGUAACGCGGGUGAACUUGCGAUUUAUUCUUUGGAUUUACAAAGCUUCAAGAGCGUGAAAGAUUGUGCUAAAAACUUGCUAGCAAACGAAGCAGCUAUUCACAUACUCAUAAAUAAUGCCGGUAUUGCCGCGCAUCCAUAUGAGAAGACGGAAGAUGGAAAUGAAAUGACAUUACAAGUCAAUCAUCUUAGUCAUUUUCUUUUGACUCUUUUAUUACUAUCAAAGAUGCAAUCUUCUUCUCCCGGCUGCAAAAUAAUCAAUGUCUCAUCAAUUCUUCAUAUCGCUGCUGACAUAGAUUUCGAUGAUAUUAAUAUGGAGAAAUCCUACGCGCCACUUAAAGCUUACAUGCGAAGCAAACUGGCAAAUAUUCUGUUCACCAAUGAACUCGCUCGUCGAUUAACAGAAGCAAACAUUCACGGGAUAAACGUAUAUUCUUUACAUCCUGGUAUUAUCCCGACCGAAAUAUCACGUCAUGGCAGUAAGACAAUGUUUCCAGGUGCAUCAUAUAUGUAUAAUCUCUUUGCAUCUCUUUUUUUUAAAAAUGUCGAACAAGGAGCACAAACAACAAUAUAUUGUUCAGUGGAUGAAAGAACAGCUCAUGAGACUGGACUUUAUUAUUCAAACUGUGUUGCUAUCAGAGCAAGUGAAAGAGCAAGAAAUCACGAGUACGCUAAAAAAUUAUGGAAUGUAUCUUGUCAUCUUUUGCAUCUCGAACCAGAAAAUGAUUUUACUGUAUUUCUGGAUAAUGUUUCACGUCAAAUGCUUUAGGAUAUUACGACGGAAAUUUUUAAUAAAAUAUCAAAAAA